AUGAUUUUGAAGGCGGCCACCAAUGACCUCAUUCAGUUGCAGCUACUUGGUGGCAAAAUACUCGUCCCCAGUAACUACCAGCAGUUCCUUGCAUUGAUGUUUGCUGUCUCUGAGGUCAAUAAGGAUUUUCUUCUGCUCCCCAACAUCACCUUUGGCUUCCACAUCUAUGGACAUUUUCAGAGGGAGAUAUAUAUUUCCUUAAACAGCCUCUCCAUGCUCUCCUCACGAGCCCAACUGGUUCCAGGGUAUAAAUGUCACCUGCAGGACACUCUGCUGUCCGUCAUUGGUGGUCUCAGUGGCAAGUCCUCAAGGCUGAUGGCCUACAUCUUCAGCAUCUUUAAGGUCCCACAGAUUCUUCCCUAUUUGAGGAAUGUCCAGUUCAACAACAGUGCUGGAGAGGAAGUCUCCUUCUCAGAAGAUGGACUGGGAUCGGCUCGUUAUGAUCUUCUCAACUGGGUUUUCCUCCCCAAUCAAUCUUUUGUCCCCAUGAAGUUUGGUCAAGUAAAUCCUGAGGCUCCCCCAGGCCAGGAUUUCACCAUUAACUCUGAUGGAAUUGUCUGGGCCACAAAGAAGGUGCCCUUUGCCAGGUGUGGCAAGAAGAGAUGCCAGGCAGGAGAGAGGAGAAGAGUUCCAGAGGGUGAGCAGGUUUGCUGCUACCAAUGUUCCCCUUGUCCAGAAGGGACCAUUUCUAACAAGACAGAUGCAGCUCACUGUGAACCCUGCCCAGAAGACCAAUAUCCCAACAAGGACAAGGACCAAUGCAUGGCCAAGAAGAUCCACUUCCUUGCCUAUCAAGACACCCUGGGAUACAUUUUAGUUUUUCUUGCUCUUUUCCUCUCUGGGAUCACAUCUGCAGUCCUGGUGAUUUUCUAUAAACAUCACGAGACACCAAUUGUCAAGGCCAACAACAGAGAACUCACUUACAUCCUGCUGGUCUCCCUCCUUCUCUGCUUCUUCUGCUCCUUCCUCUUCAUUGGUCAACCAGGGAAGAUCACUUGCCUCUUACAACAAUCUGCCUUUGCCAUUCUCUUUUCCCUCACAAUUUCCUCUGUUUUGGCAAAAACCAUCAUGGUGGUUCUGGCCUUCAUGGCCACCAAGCCAGGGAACAAGACAAGGAAACUCUUAGGAAAACCACUGACCAACUCCAUUGUCUUAGCCUGUCCUCUGGUCCAAGCCCUUCUUUGUGCCACCUGGUUGGGAACCUCUCCCCCGUUUCCCAACAUGGACUUCCACUCCUUGAAUGGAGAGACCAUCUUGGAAUGUAAGGAAGGCUCAGCUUCAAUGUUUUACAUUGUCCUCUCCUACCUAGGUUUUUUGGCCCUUGUCAGUUUCAUAGUAGCAUUUCUAGCUAGGAAAUUGCCUGAUAGUUUUAAUGAAGCCAAGUUCAUUACUUUCAGCAUGGUGGUCUUUUGCAGUGUUUGGAUCACUUUCCUCCCCACCUACCUGAGCACCAGAGGGAAGUCCAUGGUGGCUGUGGAGAUCUUCUCCAUUUUGGCCUCUGGAGCUGCUCUCUUAGCUUGUAUCUUUUUCCCCAAAUGCUACAUUAUUCUGCUGAGGCCAGAUCUGAAUUGUAGAGAAAAUAUAGUAAGAAACAAGAAUUUCUAA